AUGCGGAGCGAGGAGAAGAGACUGAGGACUUUCCGGCAGUGGCCAGAGAGCUCACCUGUCUCUGCCACAGACCUGGCUAAGGCUGGCUUUUUCUUCCUGGGUCCUGGCGACCGAGUGCAGUGCUUCUGCUGUGGCGGUAUCUUGAGGAGCUGGGAGGCUGAGGAUCAACCCAUGCGAGAGCACCAAAAAUUUUUUCCUACCUGUAAGUUUAUCUGUGGUGAAGAUGUUGGCAACCAGCAGAUGCUCCCCUUUCUGGAGAUCUUGGACUAUGUGGAUGGGCAGAUCCUCAGCCUUCUGCAGAGGAUGGAUGUAGAAGAGGCAGCCCUACCCAGUCAACCAGAAUACCCAGAGAUGGAAACCGAGGCGAUGCGACUAGCCACUUUCCAGAGCUGGCCACCGUACACAGAGUUGUAUCCUGAGCAACUGGCCAGAGCAGGGUUCUUCUAUACAGGUCAAGGUGACACUGUGAGGUGUUUUUACUGUGAUGGCAGCUUGAGGAACUGGGAGCUUGGAGAUGACCCCUGGAGGGAACAUGCCAAAUGGUUUCCAAGGUGUGAGUUUUUGCUGCAGUCCAGGGGCAGAGACUUUGUUAGCAGUGUUCAGGACUCUGACUUCAACGCUCCAGGAGGCUCCUGGCAACGGGCUGAACAAGAUCCCCCUGUACCCCAAGAUUCUGUGGGGAAUCGGGAAUUGUCAUCUCCUCUGGAUCAGUCUUCCAUAGUGCAGAAUGUCCUGCAGAUGGGCUUUGACCACAGCUUGGUGAUGAGCUUGGUCCAGAAUAGACACCUGCUGACUGGCACCUGCUACUUAUCUGUGUCCGAACUGGUCUUGGAUCUGCUUCAGGUAGAUGGGGAAGAGAGCAGCAGUGCGGAAGAAAGAGAGCGUACGGAGAGGGAGACAGGUUUGCCAGGACAGAGACGAGACGCACAGGCUGAGUGCUCAAAAGAAUCAGAGCCCCCACUGAGUACGGAGGAGCAGCUGCGACGGUUGCAGGAGGAGAGGAUGUGCAAAGUGUGCAUGGACAAAGAUGUGUCCAUUGUCUUCGUUCCUUGUGGCCACUUGGUGGUGUGUGCGGAAUGUGCCCCCAGCCUGAGACGAUGCCCCAUCUGCAGAGCGGUCAUCAGGGGAAGUGUGAGGACUUUCAUGUCCUGA